AUGGAGAAUUCAGAGAUAGCAAUUGCCAAAGUUGCUGAUGAACUAUUGGACCAAAUUGAUACUCUACUGGAACAGGUACUAUCUAAAGAAAGAAGUUCCCAACAAGAAAAGGAUCUGAUACAGAAAAUCCAACAGUUUCAACCGUGUCCGCAGCUGAUUGAUAAAAGUUUAAAAAAGUUCGUGUCAUCCCUUCUUAGUGCUUAUCAAAGUAACAAUAUGCUAGACUAUCUUGGUUCUACGGAAUUCUCCAACACUAUAGGGGUUAUUUUUUACGAAAUCACAAAGUUAAGAGGAUAUAAAACUGUUCAGCAUUGCCUGGAUAGUAACUUUUACCUCAUUGACAGUCUCAUUAUUCGCCUACAAAACUCUCGGGAAUAUGGAAUAGGCUGGCAAGAAAAUUGCUUGCUGUUACUUUGGUUGGGUGUGCUAAUCCUGUCUCCUUUCCCAUUGACACCUGAAAAGAAUCAAAGUAUAUUCAGGUUAGGAUCGACAUUUCUAAACAAGGUUGGAAAGGAGAACGAAGCUGCCAGUUACUUAAUGGCCAAUUUCGUCACAAGGUUCAAAAACAGCGAAGUAAUGUCACUUUUCUACGAGUCUCUACCCUUACGUGGAACCGUGAACGAUAAGAUCAGCUUUCUGAGAUGUAACAAUUUGGUGUUGAAAAAGGCCAAUCACGCGGAUAUCCUGCCGUACCUUGAUAUGCAGUUUGACACCUUUGUCACAGAACUAGCUGAAACGGAAGAUGUUGUGCUCUUGAAACUUUUGAUCAAGAAUAUUGGCAAGAUUGGUGUUAUAUUUGAAAGCACCUAUCAGGUUGAUAAGGUGGAAGAUAUUAUUAAUAUUUUACUGAACUAUAUUGACAGCAAAGAAACUGUGAUAAGGUACACAGUUUCACGACAAUUUGGGAAGCUAUCGCAUAAGUUGCCGGAAGAAUUUCGAAAAGAUAUUGUCAACUGCUUGAUUGAAGAGUUGGACAUCAACCUGUUAUCAACCAAACUGAACCUUGACAUUCAAGUCGACGGGGAUGUGAUCGACAUAAACAAGUAUCAUGGCGUUUUACUUGUAUUUUCGGAACUAGCUCUUGAAUCUCUCAUUCCUUGUGAGUAUUUACAACUAUUAACUUCAAUUAUAUGCCAAACCAUUUUUGUGGUUCAACAGAGAUUAAGCUAUUCGAUUGGAAAUAACGUGAGGGACUCGUCGUGCUUUCUGUCUUGGUCUCUUAUUAGGAAACAAAUGUUUCACUCACGGGAAGAUUGUGAAUGUCUGGUUGUCCUCUUCAAACAGCUUAUGUUUUCAACUUGUUUUGACACUGAUCUAAUGAUUCGACGAGCUUCAGCAGCAGUUAUCCAAGAGCUUCUAGGUAGGUAUGGUGAUUUUGUUCUUGCAACAAUUGCUCCUCGAUCCGAAAUUAAUAAACUUAAAAUCAAACUCAUUGAACUGUUGGACUAUGUGAAACUAGGAAACUUGCAAAGAUCAUUUCAGCUACCUAUUGAAAUCGGAGAUGAACUUGAAGGUUUUAUGAGGACCGACUUUAUUGAGUUUUUAAAGCAUCUGGUUAUUGGCUGGAACUAUACAGUAAGAUGUGAGAGCAGUGAUAUCUUGGUAAAGCUCCUAAUAAAAGAAGGGUCACCUCCUGACGAUAUUAUUGAUUACCUUGCAUGUAUGCCCACCACUGAUGGAUCGUUGAUGGCUAUCUCAAAGUUAAGCUCACUUUUAACUAAUGACAAGAUAACUGAACUUGCAUCAAGAUUAAAGCCAGCCUUAGACACGUUUGAGUUUGACUUUCACAUUUCACCCUUCCACAAAGGUGAAGAAUAUUUACUAAUACUAAACUCACUGCAGUAUGAUUUGACAGACACUAACUGGGAAACAACUUUCAACAUUAUCAGACAGGAUAGUCGUGAAGAAGUCUAUGAAGCAUUCAAAACCCUCAUAAUUAACCUCAGGACUGAGAUACCAAAAAAAUACACAGAAAAAUGGAAAUACUAUAUUGAAAACAAGAACAAGAUAACCUCCAAAGCUUUGGGAUAUUGUCCAAGCAUUCUCAGCUCCAACUUUGAGGAGUUCUUGAGUUUAGUAUUCAACCAGAAAAUAGACUAUGAAGUUAGAGCGGGGUUGAUCGGAUCCAUUUCUUACUUUUUGAGUAAUCAUGACCAUGACUUGCAUUUAGAAAGAAUGAUUGACCUUUUAGAAGAUUACACGAUCACAAACCAAGGAGACGUAGGCUCCUACAUUCGAAUGGCUAUGAUGAAUCUAAUAGAAAACAACCUUCACAAGUUCAAGGAUUUUGAGAAUAGUAUUGACGUUCAACUUUUUCGAUUAUCCGUUGAAACAAUGGAACGUCUCAGAUGGAAAUCAUUGGAGCUUUUAUUACUAAUCCAUCCAGAAUGGCAAGGCUACCUACAAAAAGAGCCUCGUACUAAUGCGACUCACUUCCGUAACAUACUGGAAAUAUAUCGUCAUGAAAUUCUGAUCCCUCUAAUUGGAGCCAAAAAUGAACAACUUUCAGAGAUCUCAAGAUCUUUUUGGAAAGGUUACGCAUUCUCAGUUGGUUCUUCCAGAUCUGUUGGACCUGAAGUUAAAGCAGCCCUCCGUCCUCUAGUUAUGAUGAUAAUCGCUCACGAGUUCAAUGAUGAUGAAUUUUCUCAAAUUAUUGUCAAUAUUAUGAGUAACUUGAAACUCGUAGCAAAUCCUACUGAUAAAGACAGAGCAAAUAAGUUGUACAACUGUACUUUAUCCUUGAUUGUGAAACUUAUUGACUCCAACAUUCUUACUAAAAUUGAGAGGGAUUCCUUAAAAACUUUGUUUGUGCGAGUGUACAACCUUCAGCUCAAGGCACCCAUCAUGAGAUUGGGCAACUGUCUUGCCAUUCUAAAAUGGAUAUAUCAAAAAGCUGAGGAAUGUUCAGAUUCAAAGUCCAUAGAAAUGCAACACGGAAUUAUGAAAAGGCUUAUUGAUUUAUCCUUAAAACAUAAAAGCAGUAACGUCAGACAAAUUAGUAUUCAAGUGCUAUUCGAAUUAUACUAUUGGAAACACCAAAAACAAGGGGCCUAUGACGGUACCCUGGAAUUAUUGGAAAAACUGGAUUGGAAUGACAACGGCUUGGAAAAGUAUGUAGGGCGAUUACCCUUUUGA